AUGAUUCCCAACCUCAUUUCUGCGCCUAUGCAGAAUUCGGCCUCCAUCGUCCAUGUGAAUCUCGAUAUAUCAUUAUUCAAGUGUGAGGCGCCGCCCGAAUUCCGUCCCAUUGGCUCAGCGCUCACCCAACGACGCAAGGACGAGGCCGAACAUGGGAAAAUCCACGACAUAGCGACCAAACUCGGUCGGCUGUUCAACGAUAUUGUCCCUCCGACGCCAACACUGAUCAAAGCCUAUGGCUGUCGUGCCUCGGAAAUCAUGUCUAAUCAAGCCAUUAACCCGCAAGGCACUGACGCUGAUGGAUUCUUCAAGGAUCAUAUUGGUGCUGAUGCCCGAUCCCUUUGGGCGGCUGCUACGUCGGGUCCUUCAGCAAUCAGCAUGCACUUGCUCGGCUGCAUGUUGGCAAAGGCAUGGAGCCCUGCAGAGGCCACUGGACUAUGGUUUGAGUUGGUGAGGGAAAGACAAAAAGAGAUCAAGGCAACGGGCGGCCGAGGUUACAUGUAUCGGGAGGUGGUGGAAGCGUCGCAACAAGAGAUUGAAAGGUCCGAGUUGGCACAGUGGGACUCGAGCAUGAGGGCCUGGCUUCGGAGGGCUGAGCAAACAAAGCGAUCCCAACAUUGCCAGUUCAACUUGAUUGCCGGUAAUAUCAAGCUUCCUUGGACCGCGACUGGGACAACAUACCAAAAGGUAAUUCAGUCGUGGCUCAGGUCCAUGAAGACCAUGGAAGAUCUCCUCAACAAUUUGCCACAAGAAGCUACGGAUAGAUCACUGUUGCACUCCAUUGAGUCAUGGCAUUUGUAUCCCGAUCUCCUUGUAUUCCAAGGGACGGGCACAGUUCUAGUCCAUCUCAAUGAUCCUCUGCUCCCAAGCUCGGCAAUCCUGAGUCUUGGGCUCGAAUACACUGGACAGAGCAAACACGAGACAAACAGCUGGUCACUCGCAUUGUCCCAUUUGAGGCAUUACGGAUCGUCUGUCAAGGUCACGAGCCCCAGGAGCCAGCCAAGACUAACCAUGUCCAAAGUCUGGCUGAUUGCCUUGGGCAACAUUUUGCGCCAGUGGCAAGUGGAAAACUCGAGGAUCCCAGACGCCGUGGACUGGUUUCGCCAGCUAGGCAGUCUUUUACGACGAUAUCCUAGGGCGGAAUCCAAAGCGCUCACAUGGCUUUGGAGAAUAUCAGAUGCAUGCCACGAGGUCCUCGGUCAAGACGAGCCUGAAAAGGAGCAUGAUCUAUCAGUCAUCAAGUAUGGCUAUCGACGCGCAACACACUUUCUCGACAGCAAUCCCAUGUUUACUUUGCCAUUUUUUGGCCUCUGCAAUCCCCACUGCAUGUCGGCCAUCAAGGUUACGGGAGACAUCAACCGGGGAGUGGCCUAUUUGCGGGAAGCUUGCUCGAGUGUCAACAUGACGGGCUUCAAUGCAGCAGUUUGUUAUAAAAAACCACUCGUCAAGGGCGUUACAUACCACGAAUGGGCCACGGUUCAAUCCGGUCCGUGGCAGCACCACGACGGGACCGAGGGGAAUGGUCACGUGCGAUGGAUAUACUAUGCUACCAAGGAUGGCGCUGAUUCGGCCAAGUAUUCUCUUCAGUCGCUGCAGAACCGGAAAGCCGAUAUUGAACGCCUUGGAGAGGGUUGUUUCAUUAUCAAUGAUGCAAAGGAGCAGCCAUCUGGGGAACACUUGGCGGAUAAUCAACAUUUAACCUGGAAGAAUCCACCAUUCUUGUUUGCUGAUGGAUCUGGAGAAGCUCGAAUCGAUUCAGUCUCGCAAAAUUCGGGAAAUCUUGACUUUCAAGUCUGGCUAAAGGAGAAGACAACUUUGCCAUCAUCAUUAUCAUCAUCAUCCACACUAUCGUCAUGGCAGUCCAUCUCGAUCGGUCUCAAUGAUGCACAAAAAACUGUCGGAAGUAUCAGAGCAAGUACAUGCUGGUUGCAGAGUCUCACGGCUACCAAGAAUCUAUUGGAUCACCUAUUUUCUAUACUACAGGCAAGUAAUGCAACAUCAGAGUUUUCGUGGAAAAAGCCGACCCGCCAGGCUCUGGCUCUCGACUUGGACAACACCAUAACUCAGGCAAAUGACCAGGGAUAUGCAUCGUACAUCCUCAUGAGUAAUCACAACAAGCCGUCGACGCAAUAUCUUGCUUCUCUAAGGAUACUUGAGCUUGCAACGCACAUAUAUGGUCAAUUGCACACGGCCACCAUAUCUCCACGUAUUGUCACGCUCAAAUUGAAUGAUGCUCUCUGGAUACCCGCUGGUCUGCGCGCAUGCGUCGACUCGGGGGAUGGAGAGUCUGUGCGGUACCAGUCGGCAGAAGACUGGGCCGUGGGCCUCACGAGAGCCCAGACCUUUGCGUGCAUUGCCAUGUUCGAGUCUGGUCGCUUCAAUGUCGACCCUGGCCAGCUAGAAGAGGUUGUGGCUCUAGGCGCUGAAGAUUCGUUAUUCGUUGCCGGCAUCCUCCUUUCUGACCCCGGAUCGUCGGAUGCUGCAUCGCAAGUACACCAUUUGAUUGGAAACACGGGCCACUCUGGCAUGGUCUUGUUGGUGGCGCCACUGGAGCCAAUGGUCCGAGGAACCGCUUACGAUCCGUAUAGCGUCAAGCAUCGGCCCUUUGAUGGUAGACGUCUAGAUGCUUUUGAAAACUCUUCACUUCACUUGUCAUUUACAGAGUGGAAGUUUCCAAUCGAAUGGCAGUGUACCGGGGAGAUUGACCAGGAGCUCUUUCUGCUUGAAUCAGUAUUGUCAGUCAGGCAAGGAGGAAAAAGGAUCGGAGAUAUCGAUGUGCUUCAAUUCGAGAGGAGUCCGUACAUUGUCUUUGCCCCUCCAGACAGUUGCGCAUGCAAGGACAAGGAACAUUCAGUGCUGGGUGAUGUUGUCAGCAUCAACUCGUGGGAUGAGCUGCUGGAUCCCCCGGGAACUCCGAGCAUUGUUCAUGCGCAUGGAAACUGGCCGGCAAGACUUGCCGUGGCAGCUUUGCUAUCUCAGCUAGGAAAAGGUCACUGUAUCGCAAUCAUGAAGGGGGGAAACGUGUGUUGGAGUUGCUUUCGGGAAGAAUUCUCAGUGCCUGAACCCCACAUGCCAGAGUUCAUAAUAGACUAA